AUGGGAGAAUCCUCUUUCCUGGACUCUGCUUGGGUCAAUAGCCGUGUCGUUAUGAUGGAUGAGCAGGAGGCACUGCAGUCAAUCAUGCAGGACCUGGCAGAACUCCACCGCUCCAGCCGUCCUGCUGGGUUCCUGUCGGACCUGGGCAAACCCAAAGUCUCCUCGCCCAAGAACCUGAAUGACAUCAGAGUAAAAUUCGAGUUCAAAGGCGAGAAGAGAAUUUUGCAAUUCCGUCGGCCUCUCAAGUUGGACGACCUGAGGGCAAAAGCUAAGGUGGCUUUUGGUCAGACGAUGGAUCUUCACUACAGCAACAACGAGCUGGUGAUUCCGCUGACCGUUCAGGAUGACCUGGACAAGGCAGUGGAGCUGCUGGAUCGGAGCAUUCACAUGAAAAGUCUGAAGAUCCUCUUGGUGCUGCAGCUCUCCUCACAGAACUCUUCCUGCAAUAUGGGCCUUCUGCCUUCCUCUGAGGAGUUGGACAACACAGGAUUCAGAGUCCCAGACAAAAAGAGCUUGCUUGGAUCAUUAGGAUCUCAUUCAGCGGAUCGUAGCUCUCCUCCACCUGGAUAUAUUCCUGACGCACUCCAGCAGGUGGCGAGGAAUGGAUCCUUCACAAGUAUUAACAGCGAAGGAGAGUUCAUUCCAGAAAGCAUGGACCAGAUGCUGGACCCUUUGAGCAUGAGCAGUCCGGAAAACUCUGCGUCUGGUAGUUGUCCUUCUUUGGACAGCCCUCUGGACAGCGACUACCCAAAGUCGAGGAUGCCAAGAGCACAGAGCUACCCUGACAACCACCAGGAUUUUUCAGAUUACGACAUUCCAGUCUUUGACAAGACAGGAAAAGGAGGCACGUACCCUCGCCGAUACGGUGUUCCCUUUGGUCUUCAAGAUUACAGUGAUGGGAGGAAGACCUUCCCUCGCGCUCGCCGGACACAAGCACACGGCCUGCGCUCACCUGUCAGCUUCAGUCCCACAGAGCAGUCUCCAAGCACCAGCAGCGGCAGCAGCGUCUUCACCCCCGACCUGGAAGAUGCUGCUGGGCCUGCCAGGCGUCCACGAAGAGGAAGUGACAUUGAAGUCAAUCAGUCGGCCACCCCAAACUUGUCCGUCAUGGACAUCAGUCCACCCAGCCGCUCGCCUCGUGCACCCACCAACUGGCGACUGGGGAAGCUGCUUGGCCAGGGCGCCUUCGGACGGGUGUUCCUUUGCUACGACGCAGACACUGGACGGGAACUGGCUGUCAAACAGGUCCAGUUUGAUCCAGAUAGUCCUGAGACGAGCAAGGAGGUGAGCGCGCUGGAGUGUGAAAUUCAACUGCUAAAAAAUCUUUGUCACGAGCGCAUCGUCCAGUACUACGGGUGUCUGCGAGAUACCAUGGAACGAACACUCUCCAUCUUCAUGGAGUACAUGCCUGGAGGUUCCAUAAAGGACCAGGUGAAGACUUACGGUGCACUGACGGAGAACGUGACACGUCGUUACACUCGGCAAAUCCUUGAAGGGGUUUCCUACCUUCACAGCAACAUGAUCGUUCACAGGGACAUCAAAGGGGCCAAUAUCCUCAGAGACUCUAUUGGAAACGUGAAGCUGGGAGACUUUGGGGCCAGUCGGCGGCUGCAGACUAUAUGUCUGUCAGGAACGGGAAUUAAGUCUGUGACUGGCACUCCCUACUGGAUGAGCCCGGAAGUAAUCAGUGGCGAGGGUUAUGGCAGGAAGGCUGACAUCUGGAGUGUGGGGUGCACUGUUGUGGAAAUGCUCACCCAACGACCCCCCUGGGCGGAGUUCGAGGCCAUGGCGGCCAUCUUUAAGAUCGCCACGCAGCCCACCAACCCUAUGCUGCCAGCUCACGUGUCCGACCACUGCAGAGACUUCCUCAAGCGUAUCUUUGUGGAGACCAAGCAGCGUCCUUCUGCGGAUGAACUGCUGAGGCACAUUUUUGUACAUUAAGAUGAGAGCGCCGGCCAGUUUGGACCUUGCCUGACAACACACCAACCUCUCAGCUUGCUCGCUGUAACCAUAUUGGACCAGGAAGAUGGUUGGGUGCUUCGUACCAAACUGCUAAAGACACAAGUCUUCUCUUUUUUGCACCUUAAUUUCUCAAAUAAGGAGGAAUCAAGCGCGUUAUGAACUCUCAAAAAACUGCUCUCCCUUUUUUUAACGCCCUUCUCUUCAAAUGUUGGUGUCAUUGUUGUGGACCAGACCCCAGAAUGUAGUCUCCUGCUUGUGAUGACCUGGACUUGCUGCUAAAAAAAAAAAAAACCCCAUGCAGACAACAUUCUCCACUUGCCUGCCUUCAUCUCGCCGCCUUUUUCAGUCGCCAUCUUGCCACGUGCCUUUUUUUUUUUUCAGUUUCUCUACAUUGCCUGGAGGAGUUUGUGUCAUGGUCACACGGUCACAUGUCACGGCUGCAGAAAAGUCUGCUUCAUCCACUUUCACGCAAAAAAAAACAAGUGCAAGAUCUUGAUUGACAAACUGCUGUGUUGCAAUACCACAGUGGGGGAAAUAGGAAGGAAGCCCCUGCUGAGACAAUCUAUAUUUUUAACGGCAGGUUUGUUGUAGAGAAAAACUGAAUAUUUAACAACAACUCCAGAAAAAAGAACCCUAGAAAGAUUAGAGUGAGUUUUUGUAUUUGAACUUGUGGCAAAGUACUUGGAGAAAAGCUUGUUGGGCAGCACAGAGAUGUUUGUGGGAGUUGGUCAUCAGGGUUGUCAUACGCAUUUCUCUGCACGUUGAGUCGAUGUUGGCCUCAUCUGACCACGCCCCAUUCUUCCAAGCCUUGUCUGGAGUUUGCCAAUGAAGACCUCAAUGACUUCGACAGGCCUCAUCACAAUCCACGAUAUGUUCUUCUUAGGCUUUUCCUGCUGACCGUGGUCCCAACUGUCAUUAACCAGCUAUCUAACCUUUGUAAUUCUGGGCUGGCCCCGCACCUUUCUUAGAACCACCUUUACUCCACGGGGUGAAUUCUUGCAUGGAGCUUUUCCAAAUAAUUGCGUCUACAGCGGGGUUUUUUUAAACCGAGGUUCUUGUUGAUGGUCUCGUUGCUUAGUCUAGUCUUGUGCAGGUCCACAAUCUUAUCCCUGAUGUCUUUUGACAGCUCUUUUUCUUUCCCAUGGUGGUGGACGGUCAUUUACCGCAUUUUUCGGAGUAAAAGUCGCCCUGGAGUAUAAGACGCACCGGCCGAAAAUACAUAAUAAAGAAGGAAAAAAACAUAUAUAAGUCGCACUGACGUAUAAGUCGCAUUUUUUGGGGAAAUGUAUUUGAUAAAAGCCAACAGCAAGAAUAGACAUUUGAAAGGCAAUUUCAAAUGUCUAAAGAAUAGUGAACAACAGGCUGAAUAAGUGUACGUUAUAUGAGGCAUAAAUAACCAACUGGUAUGUUAACGUAACAUAUUAUGGUAAGAGUCAUUCAAAUAACUAUAACAUAUAGAACAUGCUAUACGUUUACCAAACAAUCUGUCACUCCUAAUCGCUAAAUCCCAUGAAAUCUUAUACGUCUAGUCUCUUACGUCAAUGAGAUCAAUCAUAUUAUUUGAUAUUUUACGCUAAUAUGUUCAUCAUUUCACACAUAAGUCGCUCCCGAGUAUAAGUCGCACCCCCGGCCAAACUAUGAAAAAAACUGCGACUUAUAGUCCGAAAAACACGGUACUUGGAGAAAAGCUUGUUGGGCAGCACAGAGAUGUUUGUGGUAGUUGGUCAUCAGGGUUGUCAUACGCAUUUCUCUGCACGUUGAGUCGAUGUUGGCAUCAUCUGACCACGCCCCAUUCUUCCAAGCCUUGUCUGGAGUUUGCCAAUGAAGACCUCAAAGACUGACAGGCCUCAUCACAAUCCACAAUCCUGCUGACCGUGGUCCCAACUGUCACUAACCAGCGCCUCCUUUGUAAUUCUGGGCUGGCCCUGCACCUUUCUUAGAACCACCUUUACUCCACGGGGUGAAUUCUUGCAUGGAGCAUAAGUCGCACCCCCGGCCAAACUAUGAAAAAAAACUGCGACUUAUAGUCCGAAAAAUACGGUAUUUGAACUUGUGGCAAAGUACUUGGAGAAAAGCUUGUUGGGCAGCACAGAGAUGUUUGUGGGAGUUGGUCAUCAGGGUUGUCAUACGCAUUUCUCUGCACGUUGAGUCGAUGUUGGCAUCAUCUGACCACGCCCCAUUCUUCCAAGCCUUGUCUGGAGUUUGCCAAUGAAGACCUCAAAGACUGACAGGCCUCAUCACAAUCCACAAUCCUGCUGACCGUGGUCCCAACUGUCACUAACCAGCGCCUCCUUUGUAAUUCUGGGCUGGCCCUGCACCUUUCUUAGAACCACCUUUACUCCACGGGGUGAAUUCUUGCAUGGAGCAUAAGUCGCACCCCCGGCCAAACUAUGAAAAAAAACUGCGACUUAUAGUCCGAAAAAUACGGUAUUUGAACUUGUGGCAAAGUACUUGGAGAAAAGCUUGUUGGGCAGCACAGAGAUGUUUGUGGGAGUUGGUCAUCAGGGUUGUCAUACGCAUUUCUCUGCACGUUGAGUCGAUGUUGGCAUCAUCUGACCACGCCCCAUUCUUCCAAGCCUUGUCUGGAGUUUGCCAAUGAAGACCUCAAUGACUUCGACAGGCCUCAUCCCAAUCCACGAUAUGUUCUUCUUAGGCUUUUCCUGCUGACCGUGGUCCCAACUGUCAUUAACCAGCUAUCUAACCUUUGUAAUUCUGGGCUGGCCCCGCACCUUUCUUAGAACCACCUUUACUCCACGGGGUGAAUUCUUGCAUGGAGCAUUUCCCAAUGAUUGCGUCUACGGCGGGUUUUUUUAAACCGAGGUUCUUGUUGAUGGUCUCGUUGCUUAUUGUAGUCUUGUGCAGGUCCACAAUCUUAUCCCUGAUGUCUUUUGACAGCUCUUUUUCUUUCCCAUGGCGGUGGGCGGUCAUUUACCGCAUUUUUCGGAGUAUAAGUCGCCCUGGAGUAUAAGUCGCACCGGCCGAAAAUGCAUAAUAAAGAAGGAAAAAACAUAUAAGUCGCACUGGAGUAUAAGUCGCAUUUUUUGGGGAAAUAUAUUUGGUAAAAGCCAACACCAGGAAUAGACAUUUGAAAGGCAAUUUAAAAUAAAUAAAGAAUAGUGAACAACAGGCUGAAUAAGUGUACGUUAUAUGAGGCAUAAAUAACCAACUGACUGGUAUGUUAACGUAACAUAUUAUGGUAAGAGUCAUUCAAAUAACUAUAACAUAUAGAACAUGCUAUACGUUUACCAAACAAUCUGUCACUCCUAAUCGCUAAAUCCCAUGAAAUCUUAUACGUCUAGUCUCUUACGUCAAUGACAUCAAUAAUAUUAUUUGAUAUUUUACGCUAAUGUGUUCAUCAUUUCACACAUAAGUCGCUCCUGAGUAUAAGUCGCAACCCCGGCCAAACUAUGAAAAAAUCUGCGACUUAUAGUCCGAAAAAUACGGUACUUGGAGAAAAGCUUGUUGGGCAGCACAGAGAUGUUUGUGGGAGUUGGUCAUCAGGGUUGUCAUACGCAUUUGUCUGCACGUUGAGUCGAUGUUGGCAUCAUCUGACCACGCCCCAUUCUUCCAAGCCUUGUCUGGAGUUUGCCAAUGAAGACCUCAAUGACUUCGACAGGCCUCAUCACAAUCCAUGAUAUGUUCUUCUUAGGCUUUUCCUGCUGACCGUGGUCCCAACUGUCAUUAACCAGCUAUCUAACCUUUGUAAUUCUGGGCUGGCCCCGCACCUUUCUUAGAACCACCUUUACUCCACGGGGUGAAUUCUUGCAUGGAGCUUUUCCGAAUAAUUGCGUCUACGGCGGGGUUUUUUUAAACCAAGGUUCUUGUUGAUGGUCUCGUUGCUUAGUCUAGUCUUGUGCAGGUCCACAAUCUUAUCCCUGAUGUCUUUUGACAGCUCUUUUUCUUUCCCAUGGUGGUGGGCGGUCAUUUACCGCAUUUUUCGGAGUAUAAGUCGCCCUGGAGUAUAAGUCGCACCGGCCGAAAAUGCAUAAUAAAGAAGGAAAAAAACACAUAUAAGUCGCACUGGAGUAUAAGUUGCAUUUUUUGGGGAAAUGUAUUUGAUAAAAGCCAACCGCAAGAAUAGACAUUUGAAAGGCAAUUUAAAAUGUCUAAAGAAUAGUGAACAACAGGCUGAAUAAGUGUACGUUAUAUGAGGCAUAAAAAACCAACUGGUAUGUUAACGUAACAUAUUAUGGUAAGAGUCAUUCAAAUAACUAUAACAUAUAGAACAUGCUAUACGUUUACCAAACAAUCUGUCACUCCUAAUCGCUAAAUCCCAUGAAAUCUUAUACGUCUAGUCUCUUACGUGAAUGACAUCAAUAAUAUUAUUUGAUAUUUUACGCUAAUGUGUUCAUCAUUUCACACAUAAGUCGCUCCCGAGUAUAAGUCGCACCCCCGGCCAAACUAUGAAAAAAACUGCGACUUAUAGUCCGAAAAACACGGUACUUGGAGAAAAGCUUGUUGGGCAGCACAGAGAUGUUUGUGGUAGUUGGUCAUCAGGGUUGUCAUACGCAUUUGUCUGCACGUUGAGUCGAUGUUGGCAUCAUCUGACCACGCCCCAUUCUUCCAAGCCUUGUCUGGAGUUUGCCAAUGAAGACCUCAAUGACUUCAACAGGCCUCAUCCCAAUCCACGAUAUGUUCUUCUUAGGCUUUUCCUGCUGACCGUGGUCCCAACUGUCAUUAACCAGCUAUCUAACCUUUGUAAUUCUGGGCUGGCCCCGCACCUUUCUUAGAACCACCUUUACUCCACGGGGUGAAUUCUUGCAUGGAGCUUUUCCCAAUGAUCGCGUCUACGGCGGGUUUUUUUUAAACCAAGGUUCUUGUUGAUGGUCUCGUUGCUUAUUCUAGUCUUGUGCAGGUCCACAAUCUUAUCCCUGAUGUCUUUUGACAGCUCUUUUUCUUUCCCAUUUAUCCACAUCCAUUGAGAUGAGGUGUCCUCUUCUAAAGGACAGGACUGUGUGCUUCUUUGGCCUGUAAGCAGUCUCUGGUGGUCAAAAAGGUCGAUCAAAUGCAACUUCAUCGCUCUUGUUUACAAUAAACCUUAUCAGCAGGGGAUGAAACGCUCCUUACUUGCAGUGACACCGUCGGUAACACUCCUUUUCACGGCUUGAGAUUGAUGCCUUAAAUGUUCCUGAGAGCCGGACCACAGCGACGUCUGCUUUUAAACACCCACAAUCCACUCAAAAAUGCCCACUUUGCCUGCAUCUGAUCCAACUACAGGUUCCAUAUUGAACCUGAUUUAGUUUUUCACUCCUGUGAAGCCUGCUAGAAUUACAGCACUUGGACUUUCACUGCAGUUGAACCAAGUCGACUCAGUAAGUUGUGACGUGGGCCACUACAUGGUACGAAAAGCCACUAAUACACGAUUGGUUUGUCCAGAAUAAUGCAGGAUUCCUCUAAAGGCACUUAACAUGCACUCUGCACGGCACUAUGACAAACGCUCCUCAUACACAACUUUAGUGGCCGUGUCGCGUUUCAACCAGGAUGCACUAUCUUUGUCUCACUGAGUGACGUUCAAUGUCAUUUUGUUUUUUUUUAUUUCCUCUCCAGUUGUUUCUUUGCACAUAGCGUUGUCGGUUCCCUCACAUAAGUCUGAGUGUGUCUUUGCAAUGAAUGUAAGGUGUCCGACGCCCUUCUUCACUCCAGUGGAUGAACUCACCACCAGUAUUUGUCUGUACGCCUGUGUGUAACUACUGUCUAUGCCCAAUCGGUGCCACCCAUAAUGCCUGGAGCGUUCUCAUCACCAGUGGAGGACACUGAUGAUUCAAGUCUUGUACAAAUGUAAAAAAAAAAUGAAAUGUACCUUUUUGUUUUUGUUUUUCUAAAGUCCGUUAUGUGUGUCUUGUUAAAGAAGCCAUGUUUAUAAUUCUGAUUGGUUUGUGACCAAUACGCCUGUUUAUAUCAGAUCUGUAUAUCAGUGGUACGUAUAAUUUUUUAAUAUAUAUAUUUUUAUUUCACUUGGGAAGAUUUAAUGCAUGGUCGGUCGAGACAAAUGCAGCAGUGCCGUUCAACUUUCUCGGCCAAAUUCUGCAGUAAUGCAAAGCUGUGUGUUUGUUAUUAUGACGGUG